CAUCCACAUCUCUCCCUUUGAUCUGAACAACACACGUUAGAUAUACCUCGAGUCUUUCUUCUCUCUUCACCAUUACAAAGAUUUACACUGAUCUCAAAUGGCUCAGACCAUGUUGCUCAUGCAUUCUACUCAUGCCGCUCUAGAUCUCAAGAAACAAUCUUUGCUCCACACCCAGCUCAGGAUUAAACCAUUUUCUCCUCUAUUUUUCAGCCCACUUCCCCCUUCAUCAUCAUCAUCUUCUUCUUCUUCUUCUAAACCAUUCACAACUCUUGCUCUCUUCAAGUCUAAAACCAAAGCUGCUCCUGCUAAAAAGGUUGAAAAACCCAAGUUGAAAACUGAAGAUGGUAUCUUUGGCACAUCUGGUGGGAUUGGUUUUACCAAGCAAAAUGAGCUCUUCGUUGGCCGUGUUGCCAUGCUUGGUUUUGCGGCAUCAUUGCUUGGGGAAGCCAUAACAGGGAAAGGAAUACUAGCACAAUUGAAUCUAGAGACUGGAAUUCCCAUUUACGAAGCAGAACCGCUUCUUCUCUUCUUCAUCCUCUUCACCUUGCUCGGUGCAAUCGGAGCAUUGGGUGACCGUGGAAGAUUCGUCGACGACCCUCCCACAGGUCUGGAAGGUGCAGUCAUCCGUCCAGGCAAAGGUAUCCGGGGAGCUCUCGGUCUCAACGAAGGAGGUCCUCUGUUUGGAUUUACAAAGGCGAAUGAGUUAUUCGUAGGGAGGUUGGCUCAGCUAGGUAUUGCGUUCUCUUUGAUUGGAGAAAUUAUAACAGGGAAAGGAGCUCUUGCACAGCUUAACUUCGAGACUGGCAUCCCCAUUAGUGACAUUGAGCCUAUUGUCUUGUUCAACGUUGCUUUCUUCUUCUUCGCUGCUAUUAAUCCUGGUACUGGCAAGUUUAUCACUGAUGAAGAUGAAGAAUAGAUUUCGUCGUUAUGAAAUAUGUGCAUCUCUUUUUUUUACCUCUCAUAUCAUAUUACUCUCUCUUCUUCUUCUCCAA